GGUCUCACACGACCUGAUUCUCUCGCAUUGAUGCACCGGAACUCGUGAGCACGGACAGAACACGUACAACAAUUGCCAAUCAUUUUACUUACCUGAAUACCCACCCUAUUCCCUAAUAUGUCGGAUCCUGCAGGAGAGGCACAUUCCACGAAAAAAUGGAGAAAUUCCUGUUUCAUAUUGCUCAAAGCACACGACAACGGCUGGAACACGCCGAAGCCAGACCUUCGUGAUUUGUUACAAUAUUUUUACGAGAUCAGCAGUAAAAGAGUUGAACUGCCGUUUCCUUGUAAGGAAUCACGCAACUCGUUUUUACUGUUAUCUUGUUGGACCUUCAUCAAAAAUGUUCCACAUCUCUUCCCGUUACGUAUUAUCCAAGGCUGUUUUGAAAAAGCCAUUCACGCUUUGGUUUUCUAUCUUCUCGAUGAGCUUGAAUCCCGAUGUUUAUCUGACUUGACCGAUUUCCUGUUGGCUCUUCGAGCACUUUUCUAUUGGGAGCAAGUUCCGUGUCCUCAAUCGUGCACGAAGCAUGCGUGUGCUAUCAGACAAAACAUUAUGCCCUCUGACUCGACUGAAACGCAGGAAGUUCGGUUUCUCGUUUGUCCUGAAGAUAAAUCAGAUGGCUCAGAUUCAGAGUUGUGGGCGGUAUUGAACACAGAAUUAUUACGUCAGCAAACGAGACGUCGCGCUAUUGAGUUCACCAUUCGAUCAUUCUUGAUUCUUAACGGACCGUCCAGACUUGUGAAACGAGCCGAAGCGUUUCCAGACUUUUUCCCCCACAAAACCCUGUCCUCUUUAUUGGAUGAUCUACGCAUUUUUACACUACUGUCCACCACUAUCCUCGCGUCUAUGACUGAUGUGGCUGAUGUUUCUAUGGAAGAAACCAGAGUGUCAGACGAACUUGACCUCCACCGAUUACCGUCUUCCUCACGUCGUGCCGUUGAAAGCACCGAAUCAAUUAUACUUCGCCUGAGUAAAAAGGGAGUACUACGUCUUCACAGUGUGUACACGUGGCUCAUCUCAAAAGUUCCAUCAGCGUUCCAUCAACCAACGCAGUCAGAUUGGACAGAGGCCUCUAUCACGAACGUACUGAAUGAGACUGAUUUCUUGUGUAAGCUGCUUGAAGUCGCGAAGAAUUGCCAUCUUUCUACAUCGGGUUAUGAGGCUCUCUGUGGCUGGCAGCAUCUGUUAGGCGUCAGUCUGAUGGAUUCAUUAGACCAAAGAAAUAUUGGCGUACUGCAUGUUACGACGAGCUCCUUUAUCGAAGAAAUCGACUGUUGGAUGUGUCUCAUGCGGAUCACUCGUUCUGCGUUGGCGUUACUCGGUUACGAAACUUCCUCCACUGGAGACACGAGGAGCUCCUGGACUCCCAUUUCUUUACUAUUGUACGAGCAGAAUGUCCCAGGGCUGAAUGCACUUGCAAACAUGGACCAAACUUUAGAAGUUACGAUGACCUUGCCAAUGUUGUCUCUACUGGAUCGCUUAACACAACAAAGCGGAAGGCCAUUUCAAUACCUUAUUCUGCGGCAAUCAGUCAACAUAAGUAAACUGGUCACGCGGUGUUUGGCACAACUGCUCAGUGGAAGUGGAAACAAUCAAAAGAAGAGCAAGGUGGCCCCCACUGGGUUGAAGAUUCUAUUUACCUCUUUGGAGCUUCUGGCAACCUUGUUAGGAUGUCUCAAUCGAUCCUUCGGAAUGCGGGGUCAGCUACUAUUCCACGGAACGGGGCCGUUCACUAGCAAGUCUUCUCAACUUAUAUUUGUUGUCGAAGAGCUCGCAAUUCGGCUAUUACAUGAUUUGGAUGCGAUACAAACACAUUCGGUGCAAUUGAGCACAUAUCCUCCGGGCAUCUCCGAAUUGUUCUCUGGUCUGAACACGCACAUCUCACAUUUCAUCGACGCCAUAGUCAAAACCGACGGAGACCUGGGUGCGGCCGUUUUACGUGGUGUUAAUUUUGAUCUUCAUCCAACCGACGGCACCAUUCGGCGCUGCUGUCUGUGUCCAACACCACUGGAAUUUCGACUUUUGCUACAGUACGUUGGUAAUACAUUGUGGUGCCAUGAAUCACAUGCAGAGAUGGACGAAUUGACGAAGUCCCUCUGGGCUCAAACCCUAUUCACUAUGUACCGCUCCCGUCUGGAAGAUAGCUCAGCGACGGCGGACAUAAAUCCAGGCCUGAUACAACUGCUUUGCUUUCUGUUUACCAAGGCACAUGGAGUCGCUACCAAAUUAUCCAUCAUUCAGAACUUGAUGUCAUGUUUUACUGGCGAAUUAGACUUGAAGACCAUCAACGUUAAAACUAAUAGAAUACACCUGAUGGACCUGCGUUUUUUGAAUCUGUUACGCUUCCUCACCCACUCCAACGAGGCUGAUUCCAGUUCUCUCGCUCAUCGGCUAAAGCAAAGUGUGAGUGCAGUUGGCACCAUCCACGUGGAUAUCUUCGAAUUCAACAAGUUGGCUAGCUGUCAUCGGCGAAUAUUCCCACAACUUCAGCUAAACCCUGCGGAUAAAAACGCUGUGUUAUUCUACGAUGUCCUUGGUGUGGACUCUAAGACGCAAUCUUGCGCUGCGCCAGAUCCAAACGAGGAAAUUUGCGAGCAUUUGUUGACCUCUGCGAUUGAUACGUGGCGAGACCGCGUCGUUCCACUUCUUACGGAACCUUCUACAGAGCUGUCCAAAAAAGACCCUUUCGAAGUCAGUUGUUACGCGAUACUCCCUUACACAGUUGCGACACUUCGUUGGUUGUCAUUCGGUUGUCCUACUGCAUCGGCGCACAUCAAACUGCUUGAGUUAUUUUCAAAAUGGAGUGACCCACUAACUUUCGCCAUACGUCGGACGACAGAUUGUCUUUUAUCAAAACAUCGGACUGGGGAAGACGAUCCAAAGGCCAAUACUUUCCAGAGUAUAGGUUCAACAGAAAGCUGUCACUCGGAUCACCAGGCAUUGCUCAGUCUUACUCUCUUCGGUAUUUGCGAGUACUGCGCCCUGGUCAGACAUGCUUUGAACAAUAUGUUUACUUCCGAUGCAUCAGAGUUUGGGAGAUCAGGCUCGUCUCCACACAUUUGUCAAUCUCCUUAUGCAUCAGUGCAAAUAACCACCAAGAUUCUUCUAUCCGCUUUGCAACGGAACGAAGACAACGCAGCGUUUCAAAGCAUAUCUCGCUUAUUUAGCCGCUGGACCACCUAUCAGAAUGGUGCGUCAACUAAACGAUAUGAAGACCACCUGGACUGUGGAGUCUUGAAUCCUGUUCACGAUGGUACCGUUUGCACCAUCUCUGGAACAAGGGGUAAAACCAAUCCAGCAUUCUGUUCCCAUCGCUACCUUUGCUACACCUGUGAUGUGGACAACUCAGAGUCUAUAUGCAAGACAUGUGCGCUGCAAUGUCACGCUGGCCACAUCGUCUCCUACCAUGACUUUUCACCAAACUUCUGCGGAUGUCGGGCGUCUAAGGGAGCAAAAAGGCAGUGUAUAUCGCUAACCUGUCGAGUGAAAUCGGACAAACUCCCAAAGCACUGUUCGCAAGACCCAAAUCAAUCUGCAGUCUACUUACCCUGGCUUCCAGUGACAUGUUUUACGGAUUCUUCUGAGAACAACAAUCGCAUUCACUCGGAAUUCAGCACGGAGUUGAUUGCGGCAGGAGGUCCCGAAAAAACUCGCUUUAUUGAGGCAUGGAAUAGCGUGGCCUUGAAUUCGGAGCAUAAAUUUACAGAAAGUAUGGUACUUUCUCUGCGACGUCCCUUGGAUUCUGCUUCCGAGGCGAUCAACUUGGUGGCACGUAUACGGCAACAGCUCGACGCGGACGCGUCUGGAUCGUGUCGAUCGAGGCUGGUCUCACUUCUGUUAGCUUCACCAUUGAUACCACGAGCGGUGCAGUUAAUUGGCGAUACGAAAUUCACGGAUUACAUAGCAAAUCUGUUGAAUCCGUUCAUCUCAACAAUCAGCCCGUCUAAGGAAGAUUCACUCGAUGAAGCUGGUCGUCAUGCGCUGCGAACACUAUUGACUGCCUCACGAAAGACCACACCCGUCUCCCAACUUUGCAACUCAAUCACGACGGUCAUCCCUGGCAAAUCACAUAUCAACCGCCUUCAUUGGAAUCGCCUGUUGUUUAACCACACCCGCCAACGGAAAAGAUGCACACGUGGGUCAUCUGCUGAUCACGUUUACACACAAUUUCAUCAGACCACCUUUGCAUCGCCCAGCAUUUCCCAAAGUGUUGUCUCUUGCCAGCAAAAUGAGUCCACCGUCCACACUCCUCCCGACUACAACGAUCCAUACGUUCCAUCAUCGCCGUCUUCGUCGAGUGCUGCUUCCAUCCUCUCUGACUACGAUUCUGAUUCGCGUUUGUCCACCAUAUCAAGUGCCACUACCACCUCGUCGUCGUCUUCUUCUUCCUCAUCUAUUUCCCUUGUUUCUCUAUCCGAUUCCGAACGAGAGCUACGACAGAUGGCCAACCUGUGCAUGCUGCGCGCUUUUCAUCCAACCCGACGGCGGUAUGUGCACUUCCUCGCUCUGUUCACACGACGUAUAACUGACGACCAGUCCAGUGCUCAAUCCAUUGUCACCAUCCAUAAAGCAGAUCAUAUCCUGAAACAAGCAGCCAUGAACCAGGACCAAAUGAUGCUUCAAAUGGCUCAAACAAACCUAAUCACAUCAUUUAUACGACAGCGAAGCAGGCAUUGUUUGGGCGGUAGACAAACGGACACUGUGAUGGAUUUAGACGCAAUUGGCCCCGAAAACACACAAAAAGCACGCACUUGCGCUGGCGGUUCUUCUAAUGAUGGUAUAUCCACUCACCGACCGUUAAAAUUCUCCUUGAAGAAAAACCCACCCGUGUCUUGUGCCUUCGCUGACGAUUUAAUUCAUUCGGUAGCAGUGAAUCCUGCCAAUCCGGCCUUGUUCGCAGUUUGUGAAGAAUCGGGCGUGUGUUUUGUGUUUGGCAUUUUGUACACCGGGCAAAUUUGCGGCCGGGUGAAAUUGGGCCUUGAAGUCGAGGAAACCGAGAAAUCUGAGCGUGGAAUUGUGUGGCUUCCGGAUUGUACGAAUCUGUUGGCUAUUUACACGCAUCGAAUCAUCGAAAUUUACGACAUCUUCACUACGCCCAAAGUUCCCAAAUAUCGCUUCCGCUUGGCCGAACAUGAUGUGGCUGGUGUGGCGUUCAUCCGUCUCUCCGACUCAUCGCCACACGGCACACUUGAUGCCUCCUCGCGAGCUGCUCCAGAAUGGGGUGUGUACAUGUUGGUGAUGUCGAAGGAGGAUGGUUCAAUCGUUUAUCAACAAUUGGGACCGGACUGCCAACGAAGUCAUCAACCGAUAGUACUCGACCAGAAGCUUCAAUGGUACCCAGAGAAGCUUCGUCUAAGCCCUGUCAAUGGUCAAGGGGAAUCCCUGCCUUAUCCUCUCCGACCUACAGGACAGAAUGGAGUUUUGUGUGGGGGCGGACGGUCACUCUAUUACGUCUCUGCACUUGGCCUACUCUUGCAUUCUUAUCGCAAUGGACAAACAGUGGCAAGCGCUGUACGCCUGCCUGAACUCUUUGAGUCGACACAUGAAGACGGGGGUCGCUUACAAGUGACCCACUCGUUCCACCUAUCCACUGAUUUAUACGAGAAGGGACGAACAUACAAACAACAUCAAAUCAAACGUCUAGAUGUGUUCGGUCCACAACGUGAACAAUCGUUGACAAACUCCUUGUUAGAUGCUUACGAAAACCGAGAGUCAGCGACGUCUACCGAGGUACCCGGAUCGAAGGAUAUCUAUUAUGAAAUCCCGGAGAUCGGCCCAAUUGUGCGUUGGUCUGAGGUUCUCGGUGGACACGUUGGACUCGUAAAUGCCGUUUCGAUGAUUGCAGCAACUGAUCGAUCUUUCCCCUAUCAUAUUCCACUACUCUACGCUUUCGAACCCGACCACGUUUGGGUACAAGCGUUGGCACCAUCUCUGCUUCGGCGACAUGAAUCAAAAAAGAGGCAACGGGUAAUUCCCUUCGAAUUCCCUUUGCCUGCUUACAUGGAUUUAACCUCAGUCCGAUGGGACGGAGUUCCUGGGCUGGCCGGUCGAACCAUGACCCUUGUGCUCACAAAUAAACUGGACGUGAUGGUCUACUCAACCCCGCCAUUUUUGCCAUCAGCAGCCCUAGAGGAUUUCACUGGCGAACAAGGAAAAGAUCCAUUUUUAUUGCUACCGGGACAGUUUUGGCUGCCAUAUACGCCAUGCUCAGAAGUUUCGCGCGAUAUGCAGAUCCCGCUAAAUUCCUGGUUUAGUGACGACACUCUACGAAACUCAACCGCCUGCCAGCGACCAAGACACAGCAUCCACCAGAAGGGCGAGAUACGGGUCAACAAAAUGUUGCAAAAACGUCUGCUUCUUUCCCCCGCCGACGGCCCGUUCGCAGUGGAUACACUCCAGUACGCGCUUCGCGAAACUGAGGUAUUCCUCGACGAGAUCCUCACCAACGAACCCUAUGACCCUGAAGUUAUCCUAUCAGGUUUAACUAAGACGCGGCAGAAGUCAGUCUUGGUGAAGGCGCAUCGUUGCACACCGGCCUCGCCAGAUGAGCCUGUGGCGGAGUCCGACACGGAUUUUUUUGUGGACAUCUUCAAUCCAAACUCGGCAUGUCGAUCUAUCGUUGGGUUUGAUGUUGUAUUUCGGGGUGAUGAUUCUGCCCAGUGGCCUUUAUUCCUCAUGUUUCUUGGUCGCCGAGUCGAAAGGCCCUCACCUGCUCUGGAAGUUCGAGUGAAGAGGCUAAACGUUCCACUAUACCGCUGUGAAUGUUUGCUAAGUGAUCGGAUGUUGAGGAUAGCUGUGGGAGCGAGUGUCCACAAAGCUGAUAAACCUGGUAUCGAGAUGAUUACAGUCUACACCGCGAGCAAAUCUGAGCUGCCUGAAGUCUGGGAAUCGGAGAAGAAACAUAAACUCAGAUCAUCAACACCAUCAAAUAAGUCAUCAAGCCCUUUAGCUAACGUUUUGGCAGAUGGGCAGCAGCUUCCAUUCGCAAGGAACUACGUGUAUGUGGACACUGCCAACACGGAGUUGCCUGCAUCUGUCCAUGUGCUUGGACACUUGGCGAUGAACUUUACCUUGAAUCCCCCCAGGUCACUUGACACAGCCUUCGCAUUAGUGACCUCUGUGUGCGACCUGCUUUCCGCGACGCUGCUUCCACUUAUUGAGGACACAAGUGGCAAAACGUUCAUCCAUGGUGUCCCCCUACGACUCAUGCUCGCAUCGAUCAAGGAUAUUUUCGAAAAGGAUAGAGCGAACCGAUUAAAACAUCCGGUUGGGAUUUUACCCCUUCUGCAGCCUUUGCGUGUGUUACGGAAUCAGGCGGAGAGACUACUACAUCAUAUGCUAUCAACGUUCACUCUGAUGCAACCUGUACAGAUUGACUGUUCGAUGUUAGUUCAAUGUUUGCUCAAUCUGUUCUCUGUCAUCUACUUAGUGGAGCAAAAGUUGGAUGCAUCUUCAAGUAUGACGCUUUCAUCAACUCUCAGCCAACCAUGUUCUCAGGCGGUACAAACGGCGGUAGAUUCUUUUUUGGAGCGCAAACAACAUGUUCUGGCUCAAUCUGACUGCCGUAUUCAACCACUGUUCAAACAAAUUCGUCACUUCUGCUCUUUCUUGUGUCGCCUGUCUUCUGCCGACCCGGAGCUAUUUUCACGAUACAUCACACAGCAUAACAUAGUUGGCCUGCUCCUGGCGACACUAUCUGAGCUGGAUCCUCAUUUCGCUUUAACUGCUCCCCCAAGUGGACCGCUGGAAGCAGUGCAAAGCAACGCGACGAGACCGACCAACUUCCAGCACUCGAGGGACACUGCUGCCAGCCUGCGACAAUGUGUCAUGUAUUUGAUUCGGACUCUACGCGAGUUGGUCACCUGCUUAACAUUGGACUUCAAGCCUAGUACAUUACACGAAACCAACCAGUUUAGAGAUCCAGAAAAACAAAGCGUAUUCUCCGCCCUGGUUCACCUACUGUCUCACGAAAAUUUAGUCGUGAGUUGUGCUGCUCGUGACAGUCUUGCUGGUCUAUUUAUCCGUGCUCUACCGGCUUGUAACAUUAUCUGGACACAUGUACUGGAUCCGCAACCACCGAAAUCCACUGACAAUUUGAAUACUGGCUCAACGGAAUCACCGAAUUAUUCAGGUUUGAAUGAUCAGGCCGAACCUUGUGAAACACCACAUGAGAAGAAGGAUGGCAUACCCGUCGACUACAGUGCACUGGCUACAGACCGGAACUCGGUCUCGUACGAGCCCAGAGCCGUUUGGUUCGCUUUGGCAUUUGCGGAGCAUCUGACCGAAGUGUGGUCGAUGACAAUCAAUGCAGUAGUCAGCAAGCACGUGACCACACCGUCACUGGCGGUACAGAGAAUGGUUCCGUUUCUUCAGCUUCUCAUCACCCUCAUCCGUACCCUACACACAAAUCUGUGGUAUCUGCAUCAACUAGAUGAGUCUCAUCCCUCGGAGUGUGGCGAUGCCACGGUGCCCUCGGUUCAACGUAUCAGAGAAACUAUUCGCCAUUUGCUCACUCUGCUACUCCACAUUCCAAACGUAUCGGCAAACGAUACUAUUUCAACUGCCACCAAAUUGAACCGAUUAGAGAUGCUGCGAAAUUCACUUCAAGAAAUGGCUGCUGCUGAACUCUCUGUUGCACUCGAGGUGACAAUUUUGCAAAUAUGCACUUUACGCGAACUGUUGUCUUUUGCGCCGCAGUCUGCGGACGACGAUUCGUCCCAGUUAACCUUGACAGACAUCACCUCGCUCCCAAGGGGGACUCUUUUUGACGCCACUGUCGCUUCCACAUCUUCCGCAGUGCCCUCUGUACUCCGAAGUCCAAUUUUAGACCGAUUUUUCAAAACUUGCCUUGCGUUGCUAGAGUUCAACUACGCGGAACUGGAAUGUGGCGAAGGAGAUUCUCGACCUGCGUUUAUUGAAACUCCCUCACAUGGCAACUAUCCCAGGUCACCCAAGAAGUCCUUGAUCGCUGGUCUUUUUCAAAGUUCUGUCCUUGGUGUACGUGGUAGUUCUGGUCUUUUGAUGGAGGCCACAUCGAUGCACCUUGGCAGCUGGGCACCGCUGCUGGACCCGCAUUUCGUGUUAGAUCAGCUUGGCGACCCUUUGAGUGAAAUCUCCUGGUGCAUUCUAACUUCCUGUUUACCAGCUCUCCGUAGCUGCUUCGCAUUACUGGAACGCCAAGAUAAGCAAGCUCAUCUCGCCUCUGGGGACCUCAACGCACAACUGACUGAGAGCAAUGUGUGGAUGCGCUGGUGCAGUGUUUUGUUGGGCCACCUCAAGGUGAUGGUCCAUCCGGGUUCACUGAAAGAACCUGCUGAGUUCCCAUGCAUCACUGCCAGUCGGAUAAUGUUCCCAUCAUUCUUGGACUACAGGCACUGGCAAACGGAUAGGAUUACAAAGAUGUUUCAAGAGGUUAUAUGCAAGCUACUACUGACUAGCGUCUCCAGUGAGCACCUCGGCCCGUCCGUGAAGCCUGCUCUAAUCAAGACCUGCCGUGAACAGUUGGAUUUGGAUCUGUCUGGAACGUCCAGUCCGGACGAGAUGCUUCGCCUCCUUGUGGAUGGCUUGCGUCAAGCGGCCAGUACGAAUCGCUUCUCAAUUCGCCGUCUUCAGGAACGCCGACUGCAGAAGUUUAAAAUGCAACUGGAUGGAAACAAGGUGUCAUCGUCCCACAACUUAGCUAGCCUGACUUCUUUGUUCCCAGAGGAGGAGGGCAUUGCCUGUGCUGUUUGUUCAGCAGGAUUCCGCGGCGCACCAAAAGAACAACUGGGAUUCUACGUGUUUGUCUCCCGAUCCCCCUUGGAAGCGCCUUUGUAUUUUCAUGGGACACCGGAGUCCUCGGGUACACAGCCCACUGGUUCCGCCCUUAUAGGACGACGAACCACCUCCAAUUUCGUGGCCGUUCAUUACAGAUGUCAUACGAAGUACUUGAAUGAACAGUAUGAUGAAAAUGAAUGGGGAACGGCGCAAGGUAUAAAUUUUAAGGUUCCGUGCAACGGGAUUCUUCCAAUCCUCGCUCCGCCGGUGGGUACUUUCCCAACUCCAGUUGGUUUGGGACCUACGUCGCCAUCUUCCAUAUGUCCGGAUCCCGAUGCCGCUUACGUGGAGAAAUUGGAAAGUUACACGAGUAUCGUGAAGACCACUUUGCGUUCCCCGCCGGAAUAUGUGCUAGCCAUGCAUGAUGUGAAGCUACUGCUCAGUUCGAUUGCCUGUAAUCAAUCGUUUCAAGCAAUUACGGGCGGUGCAAGCCGGGAACGCAAUCUGCAACUUUUACCACAUCUCAUGCAGGUUUCCUUGCAUUCUCUGUUGGACUUAGAGGCGGUGGCCCUCGAAACGGAAGAACUGAACCACUAUUUGGAAAUUCGGGAAACACACUGGCUAGCGCCCGAGCACUGUUGGAAUUCUCGAGGCCCCCUCUUCCAAACCGUCGCCUCACUUCACCUGUGGCCGCGUGCCACAUGGCUACGGCAUCGGGUAGCAAUGCUGCGUCGUCUGGUUUGCUUGGCUCGUGGGCGCCUCAGUUCCUUCACUUCGAGCUCAGGUCAACAGGGAAAUGAGUUCACUUUUGUGCAAUACAAACCAUACCUGCUGUUCCACGGGGUCGUCGAUGCGAUCUACCAACACGUGUACAAUAGUGUCGUGGCUUUGCCUGUAGCCGGUGAGACCGCUGAUGACACUGACUGGUGCGCCGCACUGUCUCAUUACAUUCGAACUUCGGACGCUCUACUGCACACAGCGGUGCUUCGAAUGUUGAAUUAUUUCACAACACAUUUGGUACCGGUCCUUUCGGUGGAGGAGUAUUUGGACGUCUUGAAUCUUACCACAGAAGUGGACAUCAGCGAGCUCACGGGAAGCUUGAUGGGACUCAAGCCACCCUCUACUGGAGAAGGAGAUGAGACUGCCGCAUAAAUUGGAACCUUAAGUCUUCACCCUUUCUUCUUUAGUGAUUUUUUAGUUAUUUUCUUAACUUAUUUGUACGAACUAAUAAAAUAUUUACUAAGCGCCAC